AUGUCUAAGUCUAUAUAUAAAGCCUCUCUCUAUAGGUAUUAUUUUCUUUACGCUGUAGAGUUAAUAGUAAGGUAUCUAACUAAGGUUAUUAAUAAAGACGUAGGAUUCUUAACCUUUAACCUUAUAUAUAUACUUAGUAACUAUAUAAUAUAUUACGUACCUAUAAUAAUAUUAGUAGUACCUAUAGCUAAUACUUACUUUAUAACUAGUAUAUAUAACUAUAUAAGCUCUAUUCUACUAUUAGUAAAAAAGACCUCUUUAACUAAGCCUUUUAGUAGGCGUAAUUAUAACUUACUAUAUUUUAUCUACCUUACUCUUAUUACUCCUAUUCUAAAGAGCUACUAUAACUAUAAUAUACUUUUCUACCCUAGUAAUAGGUUAUUUAUACUUACUUUAAUUAUUACGCUAAUAAAUACUUUUUAUUACUAUAAAGCCUACUUAAUAAAUACCUCUACUACUUUAUAUAAAAAAAGAAAGUUAAGCUUAACCUAUUACUUUUAUUACUAUACUAGGAUAAGAGGUAUCUAUCCUUUAAUAUGUUAUUAUAUCUCUACUCUUAGUAGAUAUAAGGGGAUAAAACUACUUAAAACUAUAUCUCCUUUAGCUAUAAAGAAAAAGUUAAAUAAAGAAGAAGAAAAGUAUAUUUCUAAUAAUACUCUUAGAAGCUUAGUAAAAGGUAUAAAUAAGAAAGAAGCUAGUAUAGAGAUAGUAGUUAUCUUAGUUAAGAAAGAUAUAAGUAGAAAUAAGCUCCUAAGUAUAAAAAAGAAAGAUAUAGAAAGAGAUAUAGAAAAAGAUAUAGAGAGAAAUAAUAGGUAUAGAAGAAGAAAAGUAUCCUUAAGAACUAGAAUAUAUUAUAAGUUACUAGAAGAGUAUAGUAUAUUCUACUAUUAG